GGCGACACGUCCCUCCUCGGCAGCGCCACAACGUGGCCCUUGAAGCGCUACGGCCGCUUCCUACCCCCGAGGGACGGCGACGAUGAAGGGCAAAACACCUCCUCUUGGAAGGUUUUUGAAUCAAAUGAAGAAUCAGGCCAUCUUAUCCUUACCAUUGUUGUAUCUGGCCAUUUCUUUAUUUCCCAAGGGCGAACAGUACUGGAAGGCUUUUCAUUAAUUGAUUCCCACAAGUGGUUGAAGAUAGUAAGAAGAGCAGACUGCCUGCUGCUUCGUGCACAGUCAAAGCAGAAUGAAUGCCGCAUGUUUCGUGUUCAGUUUGGUGGAGAUUCCAAAGAACAGAUGCUGGAACACUGCUGCAAUUGCGUUCAGAAACUUGGGGAGUACGUACCGGUCCAAGUACCUGAUGAGCAAAGCCAGCAGCUCCAUCACAGUCUCAGUCAGCUGGCUGAGGGUGAAAAUCAAAUGAUGGACACUGAAGAAAGCGCAUCAGUACUGCAUACACCAGAUGAGCCCCUACCAGGUUCCUGUACAAGCCUUGGAGAAAGAAGAUCUGUAACACAGCUAGCACAGUCCGUGCUGAAAAAGAACUCUGAGCUCCCCCUUGUGUAUCGGCACUCGGCGUGGCGCGCGCAGGAGCUGGGGCCCUUCAUUCGCUUAUGCCUCCUGGAUCAGAAUUUCCCAGCUUUUGUGGAGGAUGUGGAAAGGGAAUUGAAAAAACUGACAGAAGGUUGA